AUGCUGCCCGUCCUCACGCGAACCGCCGCCGCGCGAGCUGCGCGCCGCCCGGUGCUUCCCCGCAUUCGACCUGGCACCACCACCACUCCACCCGCCGCCCUCCGCAAAGAGUCGACCCAGGCCAACCCGCCGGCGAAGGACCUCUUCACACGCUUCGCGAAGCUCGAUCCGGAGCUGUACGGCAUCUUGGCCGUCACCCUCGGCGCCGUGGGCGUCUUUGGGUACUUUGUCGCUGGCAACCCGACCACAUCCAGUGACGCCCGCCCCGUCCCUGCCGUGCCUGGCUCGGAGCCUUGGCGGACGGAGGGCGCCCACGGCAAGUACAUGUACUAUCCGGGCGGCGACCCGCACAAUGCGCCCAGGGAGGCCCCGACGGCGCUGAACGUCGCAGUCCUGCCGAAGGUCAACUUGCCAAAGGAGCUCCAUGAGAAGUACAACAAGUACGGGAAGGAUGGGUAUGAUUUUUGA